GAAUGCCGUCGAGGUCUUGAAGGAACGAAUCUUUGCGUGAAGUGUCCAGCUCGAUUUGAGACUCGGCCGGGACUCGCGAAUCACUUUAAAUUGCAUUUUGGAGAAAAACGCAAAUUUGCAUGCGAGUUGUGUGACUUUUCGGCGACUACAAUGAAGUCGCUACGUUUUCAUCGACGGGUACAUGACCGUUAUGGGGUAGGACCGGCUACUCUUCCAGAAUCGCUUAAGAACGGACUUUCAAUU